AUGAACAACGCGCCACCUAUAACUGAAAUUGUGUGUGAAUGGGAUGAUUGUAAUAUUCCAUUCACAUCUCAAUCUGCACUUUCAAAACAUCUCUCAGAAGACCAUUUUGGUUGGCGUAAAUCUGAAUAUUUCUGUAAAUGGACAUCUUGUCCAAACAAAGGAAUCAAAAUUCCGAAUCGCUUUGGACUUUCAUUGCACCUAAAGACCCAUACAGGCGAAAAAAUGCCAAAGUCGAUGGAAUGUUCUUCGGUGGAUUGCAAUCAAGUAUUUUCCCGUGCUGACGCACUUGCUCGGCAUCGGCACUUGGACCAUGAGGAUGAAUAUAUGCAAAAUACAGAUAUAAAUAUCAAGAAGCAUGGCCAAUUUGUAGAGGGGAAAAAACGAAGGAAGACAGAAGAUAUUUAUGAAGGUUCAGACGAGUCUCAAGAAGAAGUAUUAACGCAUAGAACAAGCGUGGAAUCUACUACGAUCCCAUUGGCCAAAUAUAAGCUUGCCAAGGCCAAGUUACAAUGCAUCUUGCGUGAGAAUGAGCUUUUAGGAGAUGAAUGGACAGCAGUGAAGCGGAAACUACGAAGAUUGCGAACAGAACGUAGAGUAUUGUUGGAUGCCUUGAUGGCGGGUGAACCAGAAGACGAUCAGUCCUUUAUUAUACAAGACGAUACCAGUAUUGUUUGA